AUGGGUCUUGUCGGAACCCUCGCACCAGAAAUCGGAAAUCUUUCUUUCCUUGUCUCUUUAAAUGCGAGCGAAAACUCUUUUCAUGGCCCCAUUCCCCCAUCCAUCUUCAACAUGUCAUUUCUAGAAGUUUUGGAAGUAAGGAAUAAUAGUUUGUCGAGUAGUUUACCUCUUGAUAUGUGCAUACACAAUCUGCAUAGACUCAAGAGGCUUCGUUUGUCUUACAACGAGAUGUAUGGGGAAAUACCAUCGAGUUUGGAGAAGUGUUCACAGCUUGAGUAUCUUUCUUUGGUAAACAACACUUUCAGUGGAUUUGUGCCGAGAGAAAUUGGGAACUUGACGAAGCUUCAAAUAUUGUACCUUGGUGUAAAUAAGUUGACUGACGACGCGGGAAUGCUGGGCGCGGCAUGGCUAGGCUACUUCUGGCUUGCCACGGAGGCUCCGAGGCGAGGCGACGACGAUCGGAGGAGACGGAAACGGAGGCAAUCAGAGGAGGCGGUGGCGACGGCUACCGGCAUAGACCGGCCGGAGACCAGAGAGUAA